AAACUGGAAGUCAGCCAUUAGUCAGUAAUCAGUGCAUUCCGUGAAAGAAGCUAAAGAACAAUCGCGAUAUUUAGAGGAAAUUCAUCAAACGCUUCCUUCCUCAGAUCAGCGGCCUUAGGUAAGACUUGUACAUUACAUAUAGAAUACUUCAUAGAAAGUGCACGCGUGAUUAUGGCAUUUAAUACCACCUAGUUGUUAGGAAGCUCACUUCACUUCCUGCGCUUACUCGUAUCAGUUCGUGUUAAGACUCAUUCCAUUGUUAUUAACUUUAGAAUACCCGGCCACUUACUUGCAUCUCUUUGAAUGACAAGUAUGCUCUUUGUUAUUCCUCGUUGAGGUUUAAAGUGUAAAUAAAGUGGCCGAGUAUGCUUAAGGGUGCAUUCAUUCGAUUGACAUUAUCUGGAAGAGGAAUACAAUGACCUGUUAUUUCAAUUGCGGUCAGUGUAAAACGCAGACUGCGGACUGCAGACUGCAGACUGCGGACCAGGGGUAAAAUGCAGACUGAGUGUAAAAUGCAGACUACAGACUGAGAGUAAAAUGCAGGCUAGGGGUAAAAUGCAGAAUUAAGAUCGACUGCAGACUCUUUAAACAUUUGUGCUCCUUCCUCUCCACAUAGGUGAAUUAUAGCCUUAGAACAGGCGUUUUAUUGUAUUGAAUCAUUUUUUGACUCGCCCCAACUCUCGGUCAGUCGAAAGUCCAAAUCGAUGGCACAGCAAAAUACGCCUGCUAUUCAGGCUAGGUGAUUAGCCAGCUGUGCAAACCAUAAUGGACAUUGGAGCAAGUCAUUGGUUUCAUCUAAACACAUUGGUACUUUAGGUUUUCCUGUGUAAAUGUGCACUUCACUUUCCAUAUAUCCACCGUUUUUCCUUUGGUCUUAUAUGCUAGUAGUUAACUCUUAACAACAGAAUUUUAUGGUUGUUUGAAAACAUGUACCUUAUCAUCACUUAUUUUUGUGAGACUUAUUUUCCAUGAUUUCUGUAAUUUAAAAAAAUUCAUGAAAUUAAAUUCCUGCGAAAAAAGGUGUUGCGAAAAUUAAAGACACAAAAUUUAGAUAUAAAAACCUUAAUUAAAGUUUUCCAUUUGCUAGGAGCAUACAUGGGGAGGAGGGCUCAAAUUUCAGUUCAGCGCAUAUCCUUGUUCUUCAUCAUCUGACGCAUUGCUGAAGUUUUAAAAGAUCGAUGUUAUUUUGCUGAUUUGUUGAAUAAUUCAGCCAGUUGCGUGUUACAUUUCUAUUCCAUUAUGGCUGAAUAAAAUGCAGAAAAUUAAUGGCAGUUUAAAACACGAGCACCAGUGUACACUGUACUUGUUUCAAGAACUUUAAUUACCUUUAUUUUUUCGUCAAAAUCGUGAAAUUUAAGUCCCACAAAAUAUUUCUCCUCCAAAUUUGCUAAAUUAAAGUCAUGGUAAAAUUAGUGAUAAUUAGGUAAUAAAGAAAAAGCCAUAUGCAGCAGUAUAUUGAAAAACCUGCCGGAGCAUGUGCCUUGUGAUCAAGCAAUUGUUUCCAUACUAACCUUUUACAGGCACUCCUCACCUCACCUAUCCUCUUCGCACCUCACGGCACAGAGUCCCUCCACGUUUCUUGGUUAGCCUUGUUAAAGUGAAUUUUCUCUCCUUCUGGUUUCUGUAAUAACAGGGUCUUCUGGAGAGGGUUAUCAGACCUCAGCCAAACCCCCAACCUGGACGACCAGGGGACCACACUGUCUUAGUGUGGUCUCUAUCCUUCGACCUGUUUGGCAUGGGUGGCCCUAGCAGGAGUCAAAGACUCCAGGUGACAUAGCUCUAUGGGUCAUUGAGACACACAAACUACUCCACCACUGUAAGGUGGUGGUCUUUUUGCACUGAGCAAUCCAAAACCCAUAAAAUCCUGGUCUUUCAUAUCAAUCAUUCCAAAAUUGGCUUUCUAGCAAAUUUUCUCAUAGUCUUUCCUUCUCUGGCAUUCUUUUAAUGUUUAUCCCAGGCCACUGGGAUACACAUUAUUGUACAAAACCCAUAAUACUCAUAUAUGGUAACCUUAGGAUUGGUACACUUGUCUGCUGCUUUGAAAAGAGGGAUUGCCAGGCAUUUUUAUCUGUUACUCUAUGAACUUAUUGUAGUUUGUUAUAAUUUAUGUGUUGCAGCUGCAAGCCAGUUGAUGUCCCAGAAAAUAAAAACAACUUACAAAGCUUCUACUAGUAAGGUAAUAAAAUUAUAAUUGCAUGAAUUACUCAGUUGGAUACAUUUUAAUGUAAAAUAUGUGCAAUCCCGCCAUACAGAUGUUUUACAUGUACAUGUAUCUUGUUACACAUAAAAUAGCCCUCAUCGAGCUAACAGGCCUGUCUUUUUAACUGUUUAGUACACCUAGCCUGAUGGCAUUGCUGAAAUCCACCCAUUGUCCAUCAGCCAGUGGGUCAUGCACACUACAGACAGCUAAUGGGAACUCAGCUCCUCUGUUUGUUAAGCGUAUAAUAAUUAUCCUUGGUAGGGGCCAGUGAUGCCCCACCCAAUACACAUAGUCCACACA